ACGACAUUCUCUACGUGCACAUGCAGACAAUUGGCAUAAGUACUAAGUAAGGUCUCAGUCUCAAUGGGUCUUUGAGGCUGUCUAUCCGGCCAAACUUUCUUUCCUUCACCGUUUCACUUUCGUUCUUUUGAAUUUACUCUCCAUUCGCUUCAUUAGGAUCUUGAUUGGUCUGUACGCUCAUUUCUUGCUGGUCACGAUGAGAUUAUCCCUUUCCUCUCUGGCUGUGCUGGCCACUUCAUUCGUUUACCUUACGGGAACGUUAGCCUUCGAUGGACCUAGCUGCCCAGGUGCAGUACAUGAUGACACUUACUUUAGCGUAGUUGGUGUCCAAGGGUGUGGAAUCCACCCGCGACUGGAGUUACGUGAGCUUGAAAAGGACCCUACUAUGUGGAAUCUUUUCAUUCAAGCUAUGGCCAAGUUCCAAGCAAUGGAUCAGGCAGAUAAGCUGUCAUAUUUCCAAGUAGCUGGUAUUCAUGGUGCCCCAUUUGGACCAUGGGAUGGUGUAGAUGGCGAUGGACUAACAGGAUAUUGCCCUCAUGCAUCCAAUGUAUUUGGAACUUGGCAUCGCCCAUACUUAGCUCUGUUCGAGCAGAUUCUCCACGACCGAGCCGUGGAAAUUGCAAAUGCAUUCCCCCGGGGCAAUAUCCGAAAGGAAUAUCAGACCGCUGCAGAGAAGCUUCGCCUACCGUACUGGGACUGGGCCAUGAAUCCAAUUGAUGAAGAAGAAGGAUUCCAAUUUCUGAAUUGGAAUACUACCAUCAGGUACCCAUCAGACGGUUAUUCUCCCACUGCUGUGAGCCGCAACGACGAACUCAGUGAACGCAUUGGGGCCCAACAAGUCAACAAUCGCGACACGCUUUACAAACUCCUCACGGUAUAUCAGCCGUUCAAUCAAUGGAGUAAUAAGGCAAAUGGCGGGAAAAUUGGUAGCAUAGAGACUUUGCAUGAUGGCAUACACAAUACCUUCGGUCUUGGGCAUGUGGGUAUCGUGGAAGUUUCAGCUUUCGAUCCUGCCUUUUGGUUACACCAUUGUAAUAUUGACCGUUUGAUUGCGAUAUACCAGAAACGGUAUCCCGAUACAUACGUAGAGGACAGUCCUCAGGCGAAAGCCUCGUACUACUAUGCGAAGAAUAGCACACAGGGGCCUUCAUCUCCCCUCAAACCGUUCCAUAUGAACGCUAAAGGCGACUUCUGGACUUCCAACGUCGUAACAAACUGGGAGUCAUUUGGGUACACCUACCCCGAAUUAGUCGGCAACCCAGACAAUGCUACACUCACCAAAUCCAUCAACCGCCUCUACAAACCAGAUACCCAGGGUCUCAAGACCAACCAAACUCUCGAGACACGUGAUAGCAAUGGCAACAACACCGCCAAUGCAACCGACUGGAUGGUCGAAGUCAACAUGCCCUCCGACAUACAGAUCACCUACGCCGUUCGAGCCUUCCUAGGCGAGCCCAACCCAGACCCCCGACAAUGGCCAACCGACAAAAACUACGUCGGGCUGGUAGCAUCGCUCGCCUCACCCCGAACCGACUCCGACGUCAUCAUCACCGCCAACAUCGUGCUCACCGACGCGCUUGCCGAAAAGCACGCGAACGGCGAGUUGAAAAGCCUCGAGAAACACCACGUCGAAGCGUGGCUGAAAGACAACUUCCACUGGCGAAUCCAACAGGUCGACCUCACGGAGAUUCCGCGUGACAAUCCGCCCCCGGGCCUCAACGUGACGGUCGUGUCUGUGCCGAUACAGCUGCCGGAGGCGGACGACGAUGUUCCUGUGUGGCCGGGCGGUACGGCUGCGUUCGAAUACAAGCCAAAGGUGCAGGCGCCUCCGCCGGUGUAUCCGCCGAAUUCAACAGUGGGUGGUGGUAGAAAGGGGGGAAGCUGGAAUGGCACUUCUUGGAAUCCGGGUCUUGUCAAUGGUUCACAUGUUCCGGUGCCGGAAUCGAGGAAGCCGAAUGUUGUUACGCUCAUUCAGACUCAGGUAGUCACAGUUGAUCCCCCUGCUGCCACGGUGUAGCUUCCAUCGAUCUCGUGAAAGAGGUUUAGGAGUAUGCUUUGCACACUUUAUGAUCAAGUUUCUGCAUGGAUGAGCUAAUGAUUAUUUCAUUUCUUUUCUGAGGAGAUGGCGUUAAACCUUGUUCCAUUUCUUCGGAUGUGAUGGGCUUCCAAUGUUUUAGCUACCUAUGUAGACGAAUACUUAUAUUGACAGGUGCAUGCUAGUCAUGAACUAAAGUCAAUCUUGAAAGAGCAUAUGCUAGAAUGAUAUGAUGACUCUACUAGAAACAUGAAGCAACAAUUUAAUCAAUUGAGCGGCUAAAAUCAUA